UUUUAUAAAAUUUAUAAUGAAUUUCUCAAACCAUGUACUGCAUAUAGAAAUGAUAAUAAAGCGUCCUGUUAUAAGGAAGAAAGCUUAGGGAAAAUAGAAGCUUCAUUGGAUGUCACUAAUCUUUUAAAGGAUCUAUAUAGCCAUUUAUACAGGAUAUAUGAGACAGUUGAAAUGUACACUAAUGAUUACUUUGAACAUGUUAGACUUAAUAAUGAAAAACUAGGUUGCUUAUGUUUGAAGCACUGGCUAUAUGAUCAAAUAACAAUGAAUGUACUUAAAGAACCCCAAAUUAAUGAGCUUUUUCAAGGUUGGGAAGCGUAUAUAAAAGAGAAAACAAAAUAUCAUAAUUUAAAACGUUGUGUAUUUUAUAAUUUGAACGAGAAUGAAAUUAAUAGGAUAAAAAAAAUAUAUGUCCUUAACACAAUUCUGUACUCCAAUAGUAAUAACUCGGAAGCUUUCGUAAGUGAUCAGGGUGAGUAUAUGGACUAUUUUUGGAGAAGCUGUUCUCGUAAGGUACCUAUGGAUAAUUAUUGUAAAGAGUUCGACGAAUUCGUAAAUAUAUGUAAGGAUGAAAGCCUAGAUUCAGGAAUUUCAAUAUACGAUGAAAAUACGAAAAGUACAGCUGAUGGCGCCAAAAAAUAUUUAUUAUAUUCCCAAAAAUAUAAAGAACAACUACUUUAUGUAUAUAUAAAAAAUGAAAAUUUGUUAAACUUUGUUAAAACAUCUGAUUUUUUAAGUAAUAAAAGUACCACUAUUGCAGUAACUUCUGUCGUAGGUUCUGCUAUAGGAUUAUCCUCAAUAUUUUACUAUUUUUAUAAGUUUACGCCCUUUGGAAGCACAUUACGCAAAGGACAAAGGAAAAAUAUUGUAAAUAUUGACGGAGAAGCACAUAAUGAAUUAUCAUAUACAUCGGAUAUUAAACAAUCAUCUUUCAAAAACAGGGAAUACAAAGUAGCGUAUCAUAGUUAUAAUAAUUCUUAA